AUGAUAACGGCAUAUCGAGGAGUCACCGUGACACGAUUUAAAAUUACGCCCGCGGGCAGCGCACAACGUGCUCAUGGACAGGCUGGCCCGGAAGACGACCAACCUGCUCAUCUGAGUGUACGGCCGUCAGCAGUGUCGAUGGCCACCUGCGUUAUGGGCAUGUACGCGGUAGGGCCUGAGUACCGGCCUGCUGGGCACGCCGACGGCCGUAUUACAUUGCCGAGGUGCCCGAGCAGCGUUACCGCGAUCACUUUUUCGGUAUCGACCGGUAUACUGGCAGUGCACGUUCCUGGACCGGCGGCUGGUAUCAGCCCUAUGCUCGGCAGUGCCGUUUGCCGGCUACUGCUCAUAUGGUUCACGCCCGUGUCACCUGUCUGGCUGCGCGAGGACGAGGACAGCCACCACUGCCGUAGAACCGUUGCAGUCUGCGACCGCUCGAGUGACGGUGUACCGUCGAGGCCACCACCGGAUGUCGACUCGCAGCCGCCGCUGCUGACCGUCAAGCAAACGGCACGCCAGUGCUUCAGUAGGCCGUCAUUUAUGGGGCCGCAGACAGUUGUACUGUCCGUGUUCUUUUUCGUCCAACAGUUCUCAGUGACGCUGCUCAUUCGCGUUGGGCUAAAACGAGUACCACUGCACCAUAGCUUUCGACGUCAUCUGACUGGCCGUGUCCAUGCUGGCGUGUGGCCUGACCAAGCGGUACGGUCGUCGUCUCAGCCGUAUAGGGACAUGCGUGUUUCUGCUUAG